AGAAGUCAGCUUUAGCGCCGGACAGUCAUCAUCUGGCCUAGGCUGACAGGCGAUGCUUCCGGCUGACAAUGAUGCGCGUGAUGGCAAAGGCAAGGCGCGAGAAGAUACGGCAUCGCAGCGAGCAGCCAGGCGUCAGCCGAGCGAGCAGGCGAUGUCGGCGACUGCGCCCGAGCGAUUGUUCUACUCGACUGUCGAAGAUGAGCAAGAUGAGGACAUCGAUCAUGAACCUCGUACAUAUCAAGCUCAUCGCAGGAAUCUGCUCGAACGAAGCGCAAUGGGCAUCAGCCAUUUUGCGAGCUUGAUAAGGUUACCGAGCGGCGUAGAUAGCCAUGGCGAGGAAGACGAGCGAGAGGACGAGUACGGAGGCUUGGGCAGGCCAUCAGGAUCAUCAGUACUCUCAUCUGCCGCGCUAGAGCAGAAGAACCGUCUCGAACGGCAAGAUAAUCUCGAUCCAUUUCGACGUUCCCAAGCGGAGCUGAUAGCACAAACGUUAUCGCCAACGACCGACUCAAGCAUAAUGAGCCACCAUGCUGCCCCCAGAGAUGGAUGGAGAGUUCAUAGAUCUUCUGCGCUUCCUUCUACAACUAGCGGCGGACUGUCAGCUUCGAGUAGUCGCGCGUCGUCACCGCCCGUAAGAAAGGCUGACGACUCCCCCGAACGGGCUACCUCUCUCUUCUUGCCUCAUGCCUCUGUAGCGUCAUCGCCGCCUCGGAGAUUCGACUAUGCGCGCAAGGGGGUUUCAGACGACGUGCCUGCGACCAAUCGUUUGUACGUCUAUCCGUCCAAUGCCGGCAAUCGUAUACGACUAGAGGCCGAUGUGCCGAGGAUAUAUUACAGAGAUGCAGCCUGGCUGGCAGCCUACUUAGCAAGUCUGUCGACAGUGGUGUUAUAUGGCUUCUAUCAGUCGUUCAUCGGAACGCCACUGCUACCGCCGGAAAGUGAUAUGCCAUCAGAGACCGAUCGACCUACAGAGACGAUUGCCUCUAGCAUACCUCUUCUCAUCAUCCUGACGCUGCUUUCGCUGCUAUCGGGCGUAGCAGCGACGGCGUCGUUGGCGUUCUACAAGCGAGGCGCGUACUUUGUCGUCCACGCAGCGGUCGUUUCAGUGCCAUUACUACUGGUCUUAGCUGGGGCAUGGAGCUACGCUGGCAGCUAUGUUCUUGUCUCGCAUGACAACGAGGAGCAUGAAGGGCAUUGGCUCAUCCUAGCGAGGACGCUUUUGCGCGCAUUCAGCGUGCUUGUCAUCUGUGCAGCCGGUUGGCUUGCUCAAACGGCAUAUAAAAAUCGCAAGCGCUUGCAACAAACUGUGCAUGUCCUAGAGCUGGCGGCGACAAUCAUUUCGGAUCAUCAAGCGCUGCUCGUGCUUUGCCUUGGCUUCACUGUGGCAUUUACGGUCAUCACAUUUCCCUUCUUGUCGAUCUUCAGCACAGCAGUGUCGCAUGGCGUCUACACGGGAACAGAUAAGGAGCAUGAGAGGACAUGGCAUGUCGAUUCGACUAGCGGAACGUUUGCUUGCUUCGUCGUCUUCACUUGGCUAUGGACGCUCGGCGUCAUGCGUGGGAUACAGAGGAUGACGGUCUCCGGCGUCGUCGGCGCAUGGUGGUUCUCCCGCCAUGAUCCGGACAGUCCCACGUCGAACGAGCUCAUCGUCGCGUCAUUGCAAAGAGCGACAGGACCGAGUCUGGGCACCGUGUGCUACUCCGCUCUUUUGCUCGCGUUACUCGACAGUCUGGCGCUGGUCUCGAGCAAGAUGCGGAAUGUGACGAGAUCGACAAGCAGACUGCCUGGUUUUCUCAGCCCGCUGUACUAUCUUGCGCCCGCCUUUGCGCUGGCAGCUUCGUUCUUCGAUGCCAUCAGCUCAUAUGCUCUCGUCUUUGCCGGCCUGACUGGACAGCCUUUUGCAGAAUCUGCGCGACGCAGUGCUGCUCUGAUCUCGAGCAACAGGACGGGAUAUCUCCUUGACAACUUGCUCGUCAAGUACGUCCUCAACAUGAUCUCGCUAGCACUGGCAACGCUCGCCGGGCUAGCAGGCUUCAUGUUCGCCACCUACACCGUCUCUGAAGCUCACUAUGCACCUCUCAUCUCGCUUCUCUGUGCCAUCGUGCCCUUCUGGACUGUCCGCUUGUGCUCGGACGUUCUCAGCAAUGCGGUCGAUGGCAUCUUUUUGUGCUACAAUCUCGAUGUGGCGUCUGGCUCGACUCAUUGCAGCAAGGCAGUCGAAGUGUUUGCGGAAUCCGUGUUGCCACUAUAAGCCCUAUUGUCGUUGUUCAAAUCAUGUUGACAUUGG